AUGUUGAUGGUAAUUACUGCGUGCUCUGUUUCUGAAAACUUAAUUGGGCCGCGUGACACGAGCGGCGUGGCUGCUGCGGCAGCUGCUGCUCUCCCGCUGUCUGACUCGGCACUGGGCCAUGUCACUGUGCUGGGAUGCCCCGAGACAGAGCUCUGUAAUCUCUGGCUCCACACACCUGUUUAUCUCUCCUGUGCCACUGCAAUACUGCACCCUGUCACUGCUGACACGGCUCUCUCUGCGUGCGGAGAUGGGGAACGCGGGAAAUUCCGAACACUGGCUCCAUGGUGCUCACGUUCCUGCAACAUCUCUCUGUUGUUAGGAGUCUGUCAGGGUUUCCACAGCAAACUCUGCAGCCUAAAGCCUCUCGGGGUGGAGCUUGGCAAACAGGCCAGGCCUGAUUCUGCUCCUGUUGAUUCCAACUGCAGGAGUGCAACUGAAAGGGCAAAACAUGAGAGACAUGACGUUCCCCUUCUGAAGCUGGAUGGAGCCUUCAACUUCUGUUAAACAGUUUUGCCAGCAUGUCUUCUUCAUCCAGGUGAAAAGUUUGAAGCAGGAUAUGUCUGCACUGCUUGUGGUUGGGGCUGUUUAGAUGGAAUUAAGUCACUCACACUGUUCUAUGGACUGCUCCCUCAGGUCUUAUAUGAAGUUGAUCUGCCAAUCCUAAACAGCAAAGAGUGUUGAAGAGCAUUAUCAACUUUAAAGAAACGCAUCCAGGGUGACACUGCAAUGUGUGCUGGAUUUCCAGAUGGAGGAAAAGAUGCCUGCCAGGGAGAGUCAGGAGGCCCCCUUUUGUGUUGAUGUAAGCACGGUGCCUGGACUCUUGCUGGUGUGAUCUCCUGGGGAAUGGGAUGUGCCUGUGACUGGAUAAGUAAUGAGAAGAGGAAACAUUACAACAGGGGAUCUCCUGGAAUAUUCACAGGCCUCAGUGCAGUGCUUUCCUGGGUUCGAGAGAACACGGGUGCUGAUCUGAAAAUGGGAAGCUCCACAGCAUUUUGUAGCGUUCAGGAUGGCAAACUCCGUGACAGGGAAGGGGAAUUACAUUUUCCUGGAAGUCCCAAACAGUCCUAUGAAAACCACCAAUUAUGUAUAUGGACUCUAUUUGUGCCAGAAGGGAAUUACAUAUUGCUUCAGUUUUCCCACUUUGAUGCAGAGCCAGAAACAUUCUGUGACUAUGGUUCUUUAUCAGUCUAUUCAAAAGAUGACAGCCUUGUGGGGAAAUUCUGUGGAGGAGAUCCUCCAUUACCAAUUUUGUUUGGCUCCAACAGUAUAAGGCAGAAAUUUGUUUCUGACAAUGAGGAUUGUUUUUCCAUGACCUACAAAGUUCUUACACCAGAUAUUCUUCCUGAUCCUGGCUGUGAGUCCCUAGCUGUCCUUUCUGAAGAAGGAGUCUUACAGAGUACACACUACCCAGAACACUACAGCAACAUGACAGACUGUCAAUGGAUUAUUUAUGCACCAGAGGACCACGGAGCCAAGCUUACCUACCAGUCCUUUGAAGUAGAAGAGAGUGAAGAUUGCUCCUGUGAUGCAGUGACUGUGUAUGAAGAUGUGGGAAAAGAGGAGGAAAUCGCCAAGCCUCAUGGAUUUGCCCUACUGGCACCUGUCCCAAGCUCCUCUGUUGUGAUGCUGGUUGUCUUUCACUCUGAUGAAACAGAGACCUUUGGAGGAUUCAGAGCCACAGCCUCUUUUGUUCAUGUAGCAGAUUUGGAUACACUGAAUUCAGCUAGUGAAGAAGAAUCUGGAGAUAUGGAUAUGACUGAAGAAGAAAUACAAGUUACAAGAGAUGAUACUUGUGGAAUGCCUUCAAAUCAACCCAGGCUCAUCUUCAGCAGGAUAAUUGGAGGUGAAGAAGCUGUACCAUACUCAUGGCCUUGGCAGGUCAGUGUACAAAUUUCAGAUGAGCCUAUCUGUGGAGAAGCAGUUCUUGCCAAAGAAUGGGUUGCCACAGCUGCCCACUGCCUUGAUUCCAGUAAGGAACUAUACAGAGAUUUAUGGAUGGUGGUAACAGGACUUCAUGAUCUUACAGGGCAAGAGUCCAGACAGGAAAGACUGUGGCAAACUGGGCCUCUGGACCAGAGCUCCUGCUUCCCUGUUUCUGCUGCUGAAUGUGAAUGCAAUGAGAAUUGAGGCAGGGGAAGGAAGAGUGGACUGGAUUGUGUGGCUGUUCCUCUCCUGCAGUUCU